AUGAAUGGUACUACAAAGACGAAAGCAGGAGCAGCAUCUGCAGCAUCUGCAAAAGAUGUUGUAGAUAGAUCAAAAACAAAAGAUAUAUCAUCCUCUUCAUCUUCUUCUUCAUCAUCAUCAUCAACUGAAGUAGAAUCAAAAAUAUCAACCGAAUUAUACUUUAUAUCAUGUGUAGUUGGUAUUUACAUCUUUUAUUUAUUAUAUGGCAUUUAUCAAGAGCAAAUAAAUGCACUUAAAUUUGGAGAAAAAGGAUUAGUAUUUGGUAAAUAUACAGCCUUUUUAUUGGCCAUUCAAAGCUUUGUAAACUAUGCGUCGGCAAAGGUUUAUCAAGUUGCGACACGUGAGGGACCCGAUAAAACACCUUUCCACGAAUAUGGCUUCUCUUCACUCCUCAUUGUAAUAUCAACAUUCCUCAGUAACACUGCCAUCCGAUACAUAUCCUAUCCAACACAAGUACUAGCCAAGUCAUGCAAACCAAUCCCCGUACUCUUAAUGGGUGUAUUCUUUUAUCGUAGAAAAUACCCAAUUUCAAAAUACUUUAUCGUUGCCAUUAUUACUCUUGGUGUAUCAUUGUUUAUGUUUCCAUCAAGUUCAAAGAAAUCAAAUAAAUCAAAUCCAACAGAAGAUGAUGGAUUGGUGAUGUAUGGCAAUUUGAUUCUAUUGCUUUCUUUAUUGUUGGAUGGUAUUAUUGGUCCAUUCCAAGAGAACUAUGUUAAAAAGUAUUCACCAACUUCCAAUAGCAUGAUGUUGAAUACCAAUCUUUGGAAUACUAUUUUUAUGACUGCUAUUGUAUUCAUUAAUGGAGAGCUUUUUGAAGCUAUCGAUUUUUUAUUCACCUAUCCAGAGAUCUUUUCAACGAUUGCAGUGUUUUGUAUCACAAGUGCUCUUGGACAACACUUUAUAUUUAUGACGACCAAACGAUUUGGAGCACUCAAUUGCACUACAAUUACAACGACCAGAAAGUUUUUGUCGAUUCUCGUCUCUAUAUUUUGGUUUGGUCAUCCUCUCAGUCAGCUUCAAUGGCUUUCAAUUGGAAUGGUAUUUUCCGGUUUGGGUUUAGAUGUUUACCAAAGUUAUUUGAAAAAAUCACCAUCAAAGGAAAAGAAAGUAGAAUAA